UGCGCGUUACAACCUGCAUGUAGUGCUGUAGGAGGAGACUCCAUUUAUUAAUCAUUAUUGAGAUUACUGUUAUUUUAUAUUAUUCGUGUUAAUGUGGUUACUAACUAGGAACAGCAUCGAUUAAUAUUAUAAUGAAGCGUUUGUUAUGGUUUCAGUAACCGGUCUGUCAGUUGGGCGUCUUUGUUAUAUAAACGGCCAGAUUUCAGUGAUGAGACGUCAGACGUCUGUCAUGGUAUUUUCUUUCCGGCUGUCUUCGGCAUUAUGGACGUCGCCCGACAGCGCUUUACAGACAUAAGGGCAGCACAAGAAACUGCAAUGAAACACAGCGACAGGGAGGUGUCUGAGAGAGAAGUGUAGAGGCAGAUAACUGGACGCUCCGCGCGGAACAACAGUCUGCAAAUCUGACAGACACGAGAAGUGCAGCGGAGCUCUCGGUGCCCUCGGGUGCACUGUGUCCCUGUUGGUCUGGAUCAGGAGGCAAGAAGCAGCUGAAUUAUCUCACGCCAGCACACUGUCAACAUUUCCAAAUGCAUUGAAAUGGAAGAGAAAAGCUUGCUUGCGUUAACCAAAGCAGUUGGCCCGUGAUCGAAUUAGACUGCACAAAAAGCUCCUUGAUGACAGGCAAAGGCUGUGCCACGUCACUAAAACGCUAAAUCAAGCCACGGUCCAACAAAUAAGAAUCUCUAAAUCAUAUCUACAUGUACGUCUGAGUGUGUGCGCUUGAGAUAGAGUGAGUGUGUGUGUAUGUUUGUGUGCAGGGAUGGAGUGGUCUUUAGAGCGGAUGAGGGAAUGGGUGGCAGGUGGCAUGCAGUCGGUGCGAGAGUGUGAGUCCAGUGCUCUAGGCACUGCUCUUUGUCUCGCCCUUCUGUUUAUCUGGUACUGCUAUCGUGUUGGAUGUGAACACGCCGCACCUUCGCUCCGUGGUGCUUUCAGCCCCGAGCCGCGUGGCGGGGCCGUUCCUGGUGGAGUUCUCUCCUCGGACCUCUCGGCCCGUGUAGGCUCAUCGAAACUCCUUCAGGUCAGCGGGCUUGGAGGAAGCAGUGCCAGCGAGGAAGAACUCAAUGGCUUCGCCUACUGUCAGUCGCCUGAGUGCUUCCGUUGCACCAAACCAGGCGAGGGCCUGAACCAGAGGCUCUACCAUAGUCUGCAGGAGUACGCCAAGCGCUAUACCUGGGCCGGUAUGGGCCGUGUGCACAAGGGCGUACGUGAGCAAGGCCGAUAUCUGCUCUGCAACCGCCCGUCUAUCCAAAAACCAGAGGUCUUCUUUCUGCCGGACCUUCCAUCUGCUCCUUUCUUCUCACGGGAGGCACAGAAGCAUGACGUGGAGCUCCUGGAAAGAAGUUUUCCCGCACUCCUGGCUGAAUUUGAGAGUGUGUACCGGUCCAGUCGGACCAGCUCUUCACUUCCCCUGGGCUGGAAGGCCAACAGCACACCUCGUGGCCAGUGGUGGACCUUCUAUCUGGUGAACCAGGGUACUCCGAUGGUGCUGAACGCCAGGCGUUGUCCACGCACGUGGAGGGUCCUUGGACAACUCCGAACCUUCAUUGCGAAUAAUGUGUUUGGAAACGCCUGCUUCUCGGUGCUCAGUCCAGGAGCCGUCAUCACUGAGCACUACGGGCCAACCAAUGUACGCCUGCGCUGCCACCUUGGACUGAAGGUGCCCUCUGGGUGUGAGUUGGUAGUAGGUGGAGAGCCGCAGUGCUGGUCUGAGGGAAGCUGCCUGCUGUUCGAUGACUCUUUUCUUCACACUGCUUUCCAUGAUGGUUCUUCAGAAGAUGGCCCGAGAGUGGUAUUCAUGGUGGAUCUGUGGCAUCCAAAUGUGGCCGCAGCCGAGAGACAGGCACUGGACUACAUCUUCACCCCUGGACGCUGAAAGAGAGCCGUAAAGAGAAAAGCGUUUGUAUUAACCGUAUGAGAUGAGUGCAAAGGGAAAGACAAGAGUGUGGAGAACAUAAGUCUCUCCCUCUAGCAUAUGUACCUUUACUCUCACUUUCCCUGUUGGCACUGCUUCAGUAGAGACUUCAGUGUACCGUCACUAUUGUACAUUAUCCGUGUUUACAGAACUCUUCAAAUCCAACCAUAGCAAAAACCUGCUGGAGAACUGUGCUUGAGACAAAGCCCUAGUGUUCAUGUUGUUCCUACAGUUUAGCUGCAGGGUCACAUUUAUACCCAGUGAGGUUCAUAGAAUAAUUUCACCUAAAGCAUUGACAGUCAAGCCCACAUGGAAAUGCACUUUUUGCCAAGCCUGGUCACUACAGCCAGGUAGGAUUGUAUAGGAAGCACAGUACAUUGUUUGGUCUGUACAUUUUACUGAGGUUAGGCUUACAGAAGCUAAGCUAAACAGUCGUAAAGCGACAUAUGCUGCAAUGACAGGGGAUUUGACAUUUACAGUGAAGGAAUGUAGAUAUAUAGCAGAGAUGUUAUUCGAAGUGAGCAGAAGCACUACCAGCUAUUGUGUAAAAUGACCUCCAUUAAACGCACUAGUGGCAAGUUAUUUUGCCACAACACCUAAGUCAGGGUUGGAUCGCUCCGAUGGGGAAGAAUACGAGCACAUCAAAUUAGCCUGCUUUCCACUUUACUCUUUCCUACGCUGAAUUUCAGAAUCAAAACGAAACGCGUUAUCAAUCGCUUUGUAUCUCUGUGAAACUUAAAGAGGGACACAACGCUUAUUGUGUUUGGAAACACAGCGUUCUGGCUGUUAAUAUGUGCUAGGUUCUACCUUAUUGUGCUUUGUCGUACUGCUUGGAAGCAGAGCUUUCGUGGUUGUCGCAUCGAUAUUGGUACAUUCCUUUUGUAAGCCGGCAGACAGUUUUGAGACCGUUUCGUGAGAUGUGACAUUUUCUAUCAUUGUGAGACUUUCGGAGUUGCAGAUCAAUUUUAUGACAAUGUUCCUACUUCCAUGUUUCCAAAUUGUGUUCCAUGGACUCACUUUGCAAUGGAUGAGUAUUUCUGUAGAUUUAAUAAAGAAUUAAUUUAA